CGGCUCAGCAGCAGAUGCAGCAGUAGCGGGACUAUUCUGCGUGGGCGUCAUCAACACUCAGUCUAUGGGUCUCGGGGGCGGGUUCCUCAUGACCUACUACGAUCCGGUCGACAGGAAAGCCUACUCUCUGAACGCCAGGGAGAGCGCACCCUCGGAAGCUUAUGAGGACAUGUAUGGUGGGAACGGGGAAUUGGCGCAGAAAGGAGGGCUUGCCGUGGCUGUCCCUGGAGAGCUCCGGGGAUACCGUGAAUUGUACGAGAGAUUUGGUGGAAAGUUGCCGUGGGCUGAGCUCCUGGAACCCACCAUCAAGCUCUGUGAAGAAGGGCAUUUUGUCAACUGGCAUAUGGCACGUGCUCUGAAGUUUAACGCAGAGGAUAUCAAGAAGGAACCAAGCAUGAGCGUAUUUAUUAACCCGGAGACAGGCGAUGUGUACAAGGAGGGGGACACACUGAAGAGGCCCCAGCUUGCAAAGACCCUGAGAGACCUGCAGGAGGAUCCCGAUGCCCUAUAUAGUGGUCAGUUGGCAGCUAAGCUCGCUCAGGAUAUCCAGAGCUUUGGGGGCAUUGUUACUGAGGAGGACCUCAGGAUGUACAAACCCGUGUGGAAGGAAGCCAUGAACAUCACGCUGCAGCAUGGCCAGAUGAGCAUGUUCUCUGUGCCUCCCCCUGGUUCAGGUCUCAUUCUGGGUUUCAUUCUUAACAUCCUGGAUGAGUAUGAACUUACCCCAGAGAGCAUUGAUGACUCCAAUAUUGUCCUGACAACCCAUCGCAUCACAGAAGCCAUGAAGUGGGCCUACGCAAAGAGGACUGAGCUCGGAGAUGCAGAUUUUGUAGAUAUGACUGAGCUCGCCAAAAACCUGACCUCAGACGACUACGCAGCAUACAUUCACAGCCAGAUCACUGACGACCGCACAUUCCAAGACCCUGAGCACUACGGAGCUGUCACAGUCGAUCCAGAUGAUCAUGGAACUGCGCAUUUCUCUUUGCUUGCCCCCAAUGGUGAUGCUGUCUCAGUUACUAGCACAGUCAACUUGUACUUUGGUGCAGGAAUCCGCUCUGUCCAAACCGGCAUAGUCCUCAAUGAUGAAAUGGACGACUUCUCGGCCCCAAACAUCACCAAUUACUUUGGAAUUCCUCCUUCGCCUGCCAACUUCAUUAGGCCAGGCAAGCGGCCACUGUCAUCCAUGUGUCCAGCAGUGUUCGUCGACUCAAUGGGCGACGUGCGUUUGAUCAUAGGUGCCGCGGGGGGAACCAAGAUUUCCUCUGGCGUGGCCUGGGCAUCUCUUCGUAACCUUUGGCUUGGGGAUAACGUCAAGGAAGCUGUAGAUGCUCGCCUCCACCACCAGCUCUUCCCCAUGAAAUUCAGCUACGAGCAAGGAAUCCUGCCGAAAAUCGUUGAAGGCCUCACAGCCAUUGGACACAUAACAGAAGAGUUUGGUGUCGGAGGAUCUGUGAUUUGUGCCAUUGCAAGGGGAAACGAUGGGAAAAUUUAUGCCAACUCUGAUUUUAGAAAAGCAGGCGAAGUAGAUGGGUUUUAAAUUUACAAAUUUUUAAUUAAAAACAACAAUAAGAAAACACAAUUUUUAGCUGUAGAACUAUUGCAAAAAUGUUAUAUAUAGUAGUAAAAUCCUUCAGUUUUUAGCUGUUUUAAAGGUUUCUUAGAUUUUUCAUGUGUUUUUACUUAAUUGUUUCAAUUUUAAAUAGAAUUCUCUCAUCAGUGUUUUUUUUUUUUUCCCAAGAUAUCAUAUAUUUUAGCUUACUUUUAUUUAAAUAUAAAAUUGUUGCUCAGUAUAUUCUAUGUCAAUUUUCUGUAUAGAAUAAUAUUAUAUUGCAAUACUUGAACAGAUAUUAACAGGUGAUUUUAUUGAUAGAAUAUGCUUGUGUUAUUUUAAGUGCUGAUUGAAUUUGGUUUUAUAUGCGGUAGAUGCAGAUAUUUAUAUUAGUAGUACAAAAAUACCUACACCUUCUUAUACAUUCUUCAAGCAUUUAAAAGACUUGACAGAUUGGCAAAUAUUGAAGUAUGUGCAGGUUCAUAGAUUAUGCAUUUUAGGCAUUCAUGCAACCUGCUUACUUGCAUUUAUUUUGGACUUUUUUUUUUGCACAGGUCAUUUCAUACGGAACGCACAGGCAUUGUUAUGUAUGAGAGCGCAUGUACAUGUGUGCACAAACACGCUCACACACCCACACACACACACACACACACACACACACACACACA